AGAGAGAGAGAGAAAAGGAGAGGACGAGAGAGAGAGAGAGAGAGAGGGCGAGAGGGAGAGAGAGGGUCGUUGUUCUGACUUUUAUCUGAUGUGACAACGGAAACCGAUGUUAUCGUUGCAUAGCAUUGAUUGUGUUCCUUCUUUUGUCGAAACCUAGCUGGACCUCGGAUAGAUUUUGCCGCCGUAAUUCGGGUGUGGUGAGCGCGGGCAACCUAACAGACAAUAGCAGAGCGUGGAUAUCGCAAUUGAUUGCAUUGAUUUGGGGGUAUAUAAAUGCAAGGCUAGAUCAAAGUAUACGUUGGGGUUAUUAAAUUAGUGCAAUUUCAAUGAUCUCUAUUAUAACACACCACGUGCAUCCUAAAUCGAACAAGCGUGCGCGUGUUUAGGUAAAUGUGGUAAGCGCCUGUUCGAUGCCUCCUCCAAGCAGGCAUCACACAUUCGAUUUACACAGAACUGUUGUUAUACUUAUGUUAUAACUUAUGUAGGCUCAUUAUUUACUACAAGUGUGUGAUUAUCUAUACAUAUUUCGGGUUGUGGGUCGUAGUUUACGUGCUCUUAGGCGCACAGUGGGCGCACGCGCGCUUAAUUGAGGGUUGCUUUGACAGCACGUCCAUUGCUCUCUGUGUUCAGUAUCCGGCUGCCACCUCCCCUCACUCAUAUCAUAGACUGCGCGCGCGCGAGUAGGGUGAGUGAGAGCAGCGCAGCCGCACAGCUAUUGUCAGCCUGCCACCAUUGUCAGCCCUCAAGGCAAGCAGCAACAGCAUCAGUGUAGCAGCAGCAGUGUAGCAGCAGCAGUCGCAUCAGCAGCAGCAGCAGUAUCAGUGCAUCAGCAGCAGUCAGCAGCAGCAGCAGUCGCAGCAAUAUCAGUGUGUAGCAGCAGCGGUAUAGAGUGUGGCAGUACUUGGACCCCGUGUGCAAUAUUGUGCCGCUCUGCUGGUCUGUCUGCCCCCCCCCCUCCCGCGGGCCACGGCGGGCUCUCCCGACAGUCUACAGUGCCUUCCUCGACAGUACAGCUCAAGGCUAGGCUGUCAAGACUGGCUAGCGAACGAACACACACCGUGCAAUACGUGACCGUUUGUUGGUGACAGCUUAAUACGAGCUACCUUGUCUUCCUAGAUACGCCUUCGUUCAGUGCUAGAUGUGAACUAUCUGUGAAGUGAGCGGCAUCAGACAACGUGCAGGACACGGUGGUGUCUCGGGGAGCUACUAGCACGUGAACCUGUUUGUGUGUCGAGGAAUCGAACUGGAAGUAAAAUAGUGGAUAGUGCGCUUAUCUGUUGGUGCACAGCGACGUUGACCGGCAUGUGAGGACGGUUUUGAAGUUCGAUUCCAAGCUACGCUAGGAUGGCAGUGACGUGGAGCGGGGAGCAGUGAUCGCGGCGGCGGCGGCGGAGGCGGCGGAGUGAGAUGACCAGCGUUAGCAUGGAUGUAGAGAGCGUGAGGUCGGGCCACAGCGAGCGGUCGAACCACUCGCGUCGCAGCCACGGCAGCAGCGGCAAGCAUCGUCGCCAUGGCUCCCACGGACGCACCAAGCGCACGGUGCGCGUCAACAUGGGGGAUGCCGACAGUUCGCGCAUGGGCGAGGAGAUGAUUGAGGUGCAGAUCAUACCGCAGGAUGACAACUGGGGGGAGAACACGACGUGCAUCACAGGCAACACGUCGGAGGCCGGCGGCUCGUUCGAGGACAUCUCGAAGCUGUCGCGAGACUUUGACGGCGGCGCAGGCGGCGGCGAUCGCGAGCGGGCGUUCCGCUGCGCGCAGUUCGUCGGCACGUCGUUGGCAGCGGUGCUGGCAGCGUUUGCCUUCCUCACGCCCGUAGCCUUCGUGCUGCUGCCUGAGUUCAUCGAUGUACCCGGACUCGAACAGAUCAGCUGCGACGCGGCGUGUGAGGGCCUGCUCAUGAGUCUUGCCUUCAAGCUUGUCAUCAUCAUCAUCAUCAUCAUCAUAGUUGUUGUUGUUGUUGUUUACAGCUGCGACGCGGCGUGUGAGGGCCUGCUCAUGAGUCUUGCCUUCAAGCUUGUCAUCAUCAUCAUCAUCAUCAUCAUAGUUGUUGUUGUUGUUGUUUACAGCUGCGACGCGGCGUGUGAGGGCCUGCUCAUGAGUCUUGCCUUCAAGCUUGUCAUCCUCGGCAUCGGCGCGUGGGCCGUCUUCUACCGGCGUCCGAAGGCCACGAUGCCGCGAGUGUUCGUGCUGCGCGGCAUCGUGCUCGUCUUCACAUUCAUCUUCACCUUCUGCUACUGGCUCUUCUUCGGCGUGCGCAUCCUCGCCGGCCAGCCCGGCUACGGCGGCGCCCCCGACCUCGCGGUGGCGGCGGCGGCGGCAAGCGACUACUACGAUGCUGACGCGGUCGCGGACGCCGUCGCGGGGCUGCGUCGCGCCGACGCCUACCACAAGGUGGUGCAGUUCGCGGCAACGUUCGUCGACGCGCUGCUCUUCGUGCACUACCUGGCCGUCGUGCUGAUCGAGCUGCGGCAGCUGCGCACCGCCUACACGGUGACGGUCGUGCGGUCCCCGGAUGGCGAGCGGCGCGCGUACAACGUGGGCCAGCUGAGCGUGCAGCGCGCCGCCGCCUGGCUGCUGGAGCAGUACUACCGCGACUUCGCCGCGUACAACCCCUACCUGGACCGCGCGCCGUCGCGACGCGGCAAGGGUGACGUGCCGACGACGUUCAAGUUCUACGAUAUCGACGGCGCGGGGAACAACAGCCUGCAAGGGCGGUCGCGCGCGAUCAUGGCUGCGUCGGCCCGCCGCCGCGACAUGAGCCACAACGAAAGCCCGAUAGACAGAGCAUUACGUGAACAUUGCAGGUUUUUCGAAGGAGCUGUGAGUUACGAGGCGAAUGUGGUGAAUGUCGUGCUGCGAGAAUGCAGCGAGAUGGUCUCUACGGAUCCCGAGAGGAAGCCUUCACGAGACCGUCCAGCUAUUCCGAUGGAUCCGACAGAGGCAGCUCAGGCGGUGUUUCCCUCGCUGGCUAGGGCACUGCAGAAGUACCUGCGUGUGACUCGCCAGCAGCCGUACUACACGUUAGAGGCAAUUCUCGAGCACCUGGCGAUCUGCAUCAGCCACGACAUGUCGCCGAAGGCCUUCCUCGAGCGCUACCUGCAGCCGUGCCCGGCGAUCUUCAAUGAGCGCGAGUACAGUCGCGUGCAGACGUGGGCGCUGGUGAGCGACGUGGCGCCGAGCGCCGCCCUCGCAGACGGCGUCGUCUUCCAGCUGAAGAGCGGGGUCGGCGAUGUCGCGCUGCUCGUACACGUGCGCCGCGUGCCGCACUUCAACAUCACCGAGGAGGUGAUCGACCCGAAGAACAACAAGUUUGUGCUGCGGCUCAACUCGGAGACGUCGGUGUGAGCGUGCACGCGUUGUGCUGCGGCUCAACUCGGAGACGUCGGUGUGAGCGUGCACGCGUUGUGCUGCGGCUCAACUCGGAAGACGAUCGGUGUG